UGGGGUUUUCUAAAGACUGUCUUAGAGGAAAUGCUUCUCUAAACUUAAAUGGCUUAGCAGCACAUAUCAGUAGUUUGUGUCUCUGAUAUUUUAUCUGCUCUGCUGAAGGCCAGGCUAGUUCUGGUAGCAUGGAACCUUUGCACUUUUCAUUUGUGCUGUGUAAGGUGCCAUUUCUAAGGUGCUGCCUUUUGCUUGCAUGCUGCUGUUGUUGGAAAUAUUCCCUUUUCAUGAGUUACUUCAGAAGCAGCGAGCAGUGCAGAGUAAGGCAGAGACUAGGAAAGACGUCUGCAUGAAGACUGAGCUGCUGAAAGAUAUUACCAACAGUAAAGAGGAAGGUUUUAAUGCCAUGGCUGCAGAUGAAAGUGCUACAGAAAAGCAAGUAGGGGAACCAAAAAUGACGGCAGAUGGUGAAACCAAUGGCUCCUGUGAGCGCAAUGAAGCUGGUAGCCACCCAAACCCAACUAAAAACACUCAGGACAAUACAAAAGUGAGCCAGCAGGACUCCAGUACUAAAUUAAAUAGGAUAGCGGAGAAUGGCAUUUCGGAGAGAGACAGUGAGACUGGGAAGCAGAACCACAUGAAAGCUAAUGACUUCACGCAGACUUCUGUAACGGGGAGCAAUGGAUAUAUUUUAACUAAGCAGAUGGUGCAAGAGCAACCCCUAAGGACUACAGGCACCUUUGCUUCUCUCACUGGCCAUGCUGCGAAAACCCUCCCAGGUGGAGCAAGCAAAGGGAGAACUCUGAGCGCCUUUUCUCAGAUGCAAGCCACCAUGCCAGCCAAGCUCGGGGAGGGGAGUAAGGACAUGGAUGCUAAAAAAGCCACCGCAACGAACGCUGAAGUCAAGGUCCAUAGAGCACGGAAGACAAUGCCUAAAUCCACACCUAGCCUGCAUGCAAGUAAAGACCCCAAAGAAGCGAGAGACACCAGAGAUCAAAAAGAAUCCAAGGAGGAAGGCAACAAAAACAUCUUGGAGUUUGGCAAACCCCCACCGUUGCCCCCUUUCCCAGGCUUUCAUCAGUCACUACCUCAGAACCAGAGCUAUGUGGCCACCACAAAAUCACAGACAGCUGCUGCAGUAUCUCGGAAGAAAAAGCGGAGAAUGGGAACCUAUAGCCUGGUUCCCAAGAAAAAGACCAAAGUGUUAAAACAGAGAACGAUGAUUGAGAUGUUUAAGAGCAUAACUCAUUCCACUGCUGGUGCCAAGGGUGAAAAGGACCUAAUUGGCAUCAGCCCGCACAUGAAUGGGGAGAGCACAGAGGUGGACUCUGGAGAGGAAGACUCUGACGACCUGGAAGAGGAAGACGAACGUGGAGCUGAACAGUCCGCUGCGUCUCCCUCCCAGGACAACAGGAUCCCUAAGGAGGGCUCAUCUGAUGCCGACAGUGCCAGACAGAUGGAAGACGGUGAAUCUGAGGAGGAGCAAGAGUCUGGAGAAUCUGGGGAGGAGGAGGAAGAUGGAGACGAAUCCGACUUGAGCUCCGAGUCCAGCAUCAAGAAGAAACUGCUGAAGAGGAAAGGAAAGACAGACAGCCCGUGGCUGAAACCCACCCGGAAGAGGAGGAGGAGGAAUAAAAAGAAACAAGCCAGUGUGUUAGGUACUGAAGCGUAUAAACCACCUUUGGGAGGCAGAGAGGGAGCUGGGCAGGAGAAUAGUAUGGAAUACAUGGAAGUGUCUCUUGAUUCUUUGGAUCUCCGAGUAAAGGGAAUUCUAUCUUCACAAUCCGAAGGUCUUUCUAAUGGCCCUGAAGCAAUGGAAAUGGACGGUCUUCAGGAAGUGCCUCUUUGUAGCUGUCGAAUGGAAACCCCCAAAAGCCGAGAGAUUACCACACUAGCCAACAACCAGUGCAUGGCAACGGAGAGUGUGGACAAUGAGCUGGGCCGGUGCACAAACAGUGUGGUGAAAUAUGAGCUGAUGCGCCCUUCUAACAAGGUCCAGCUCUUGGUGCUGUGCGAGGACCACAGAGGGAGAAUGGUGAAACACCAGUGCUGCCCUGGCUGUGGAUACUUCUGCACUGCAGGUACUUUCAUGGAGUGUCAGCCUGAAAGCAGCAUUUCUCACCGUUUCCACAAGAACUGUGCCUCCCAGGUCAAUGACAUGAGCUACUGCCCGCACUGCGGGGAAGAAGCCUCUAAGGCGAAGGAGGUGACAAUAGCAAAAGCAGACACGACCUCCACGGUGUUGCUGACCUACGAGCAGGAGAAGCCAAUGGCUCUAGAGGGAAGGGCAGACACCACCACAGGGAGUGGCAUUGGAACACAGUUGUCUGAGGAAGACAAGCCAGAGAGUUCGGCUACUGAGGGGUUUGAUUUGGCUGGGUCUUCUGUUUUUGUGAAGCCUGCCACUGGCCUGCCUCAGGGACCAGUUAAAGAAACCUUGGAAAGUGCUUUGAUUGCCCUGGAUUCAGAAAAACCGAAGAAGUUACGGUUCCAUCCGAAGCAGCUGUACUUCUCUGCCAGGCAAGGGGAACUGCAGAAGGUCCUGCUUAUGUUGGUGGACGGGAUUGACCCCAACUUCAAAAUGGAGCACCAGAAUAAGAGAACCCCUCUCCACGCUGCUGCAGAGUCCGGGCACGUGGACAUCUGCCACAUGCUGAUUCAGGCUGGUGCUAACAUAGACACCUGCUCAGAGGACCAGAGGACCCCGCUGAUGGAGGCAGCAGAGAAUAACCAUCUGGAUGCUGUGAAGUACCUUAUCAAGGCUGGAGCAUUGGUAGAUCCCAAGAGAGACAGAAAUGCUAGCUGCUGCUUCUCUGCCCUCCCCUCGCUGAGAGAGAGGGAUUGUCAAGCAAGAAAGGGGCAACUAAUGACCAAGGGCAUUCCUGGGUCCCCCUGCGAACUGCUGCUGUUCCUGUCAGAGGGACAUCCUGGUCCCAUUGAAGAUGCUGAGGGCUCCACGUGUCUGCACUUGGCUGCCAAGAAAGGGCAUUACGACAUAGUUCAGUACCUUCUCUCCAACGGGCAGAUGGAUGUCAACUGCCAGGACGACGGAGGCUGGACGCCUAUGAUCUGGGCCACCGAAUACAAGCACGUUGAGCUGGUGAAGCUAUUGCUCUCCAAGGGGUCAGACAUUAAUAUUCGAGACAACGAGGAGAAUAUUUGUUUGCACUGGGGCUUUUCUGGCUGUGUUGACAUAGCGGAGAUAUUGCUGGCUGCUAAGUGCGAUUUACAUGCAGUAAAUAUUCAUGGAGACUCGCCACUGCACAUCGCAGCCAGAGAGAACCGCUAUGAGUGUGUUGUGCUCUUUCUCUCCCAUGGCUCGGAUGUCAGCUUGAAGAACAAGGAAGGUGAGACUCCACUCCAGUGCUCGAGUCUCAACUCUCAGGUCUGGGUGGCUCUGCAGAUGAACAAGACAAUCCGAGAAUCAUCUACUGACAAACCUGCCCAGAUAGAGAAGACAGUGAGCAGGUGAGAACAUGCCCGGGGUUAUGAGCGGAUACCAAUUCCAUGCAUCAAUUCAGUGGACAGCGAGCCUUGCCCCACCAACUACAAAUACGUUUCUCAGAACUGUGUGACCUCCCCAAUGAACAUUGAUAGAAACAUCACCCAUUUGCAGUACUGUGUGUGCAUCGAUGACUGCUCCUCCAGCAACUGCAUGUGUGGCCAACUCAGUAUGCGCUGCUGGUAUGACAAGGAUGGCCGACUCCUGCCUGAAUUCAACAUGUCUGAGCCACCUCUGAUCUUUGAGUGUAACCGCUGCUCUUGUUCGAACUGCCGGAAUCGGGUAGUGCAGAAUGGGCUCAGAUUAAGGUUCGAUUUGCAGCUUUAUCGAACGCAAAAGAUGGGCUGGGGCGUGCGGUCGAUGCAAGAUCCCCUGGGAACGUUCGUGUGCGAGUACGUCGGAGAGCUGAUUUCCGAUUCAGAGGCAGACGUACGUGAAGAGGACUCCUACCUCUUUGACCUUGACAACAAGGAUGGAGAGGUGUACUGCAUAGAUGCUCGUUUCUAUGGCAACAUCAGCCGCUUUAUAAACCAUCUCUGUGAGCCAAACCUCACCCCUGUGCGAGUGUUCAUGUCGCACCAGGACCUGCGCUUUCCCAGGAUCGCCUUCUUCAGCACCAGGCAGAUCGAAGCUGGCGAGGAAAUCGGCUUUGACUACGGAGACCGAUUCUGGGACAUCAAAGGCAAAUACUUCAGCUGUCAGUGCGGUUCGCCCAAGUGCAAACACUCGAGCACAGCCCUGGCCCAACGGCAAGCUAGCACGUCCUCCCAGGGCACACAGGAGACCGGACUCCCCGACACCAGCUCUGCCAUGGCAGCCGGCCCCUUUUGAGGACUCGCUCCCGGGAGACCGAACUGGUUUAACUCGAUAGAUUCACGUACUGUUUGAAAUUUCCAUUGAAAGAGAAAACACAGUCAAGGAAAGCCAAGGGGUUCAUGACAUCUAGGGAUGUGCCACCGACUGUUACUUGAGGAAUAAGUGAAAGCAAAUCCGGACUCCAUGUUGUAGGUUUUCCUCCCUCUCCACCCCUGGAAAGCUGCUGGUUUUACAGUGAGUGCAAAGGGAUGGCUGUCGCAGUUUUUCCAUGCAAGAUGUCCUAGCAUCCAUCUCUUCAUGUGUUGUCAGAGCCAAGGGAAGCAUUUACCUCUCCUCCUCAGAACGCUGUUAUUAAUUGAAUGGAACUUCAGGCCAAGUCAUCUCCAGUUCUCUUACAAUAAACUUUGAAUACUUGAUGGAACUUACUUUUUGGGGGGGUGGGGGGAACGGUUCUGACAUUGGUUUACUUGAUGCAGCUUUGUGGGGCAGGUCUUUUAAAUCACAAAUUUCUCCCUCACCUGGCAGGACAUUGCAGCAUGGUUUUUCCUGGUCCCGUCGCUGGGAGCUAGAGGUUGUUUGCUUCUAACAGAUGCCUGUUGGUUACCAUAUCUGCCGAUCUAUUUUUUUUUUUCCUAAAGAAAAAUGGAAAAGAAUCCCUUUUUUCUUCAUGUCCCCCCAAUCCCCGUCUCUAUUCCAAGCCUGCCAGAGAUUCUCUCCCCACCGCUUCUGCUCUAUACCAAGCUUUCUCCGUUAAAAACCAGCUCUCACCUCUGCCCCUUGGGCAUGUUACUGUCUCAGUGUUGGUUUCACCAGUGGAAGGAUUUGCCUCUCCUGCCGCGUUAGCAAUCUUAGAGAGGGAUGGGGAUUGUACAAGACACUAACUUCUGAAAGAAUCAGUUUGCUGUUUAUGUAUACUAUAAAGAACCUUUAGCAUUUCUCAAGAGAAUGCUUCAUGCUGGGCAAGCAUCAGAUAGGACACAUCCCAGCGAGAGGAGAUACCAUGGCCACCAGCUCAUCCCUCCUUUUUCCCAACUCUGGGCACCUCUGAUUUAAUUUUUAAGCCACACACUAUGAAGUUUAAAUGAACUGAUUUAUUUUUUACCAUUAUUAAAACAUUCGGGACAAAGCAUUAAAAA